AAUGAAUGUAUACCUAUUAACAUUUUGUGUUUCAUUCGUCGGAUCAGUUCUAUGUCGAGAAAGAUAUCAGACAGAAAAUAACUAUCAAGUUGUGGGCGUAGAUUGUGGGGAAAAUGAGUCAGUUAGUUGCAUGAUUAUCGAAUGCCCGGAUGAUCAAUUUUGUCCGGCGGCAAAUUUCUGCUAUAAUCCCAAGUGCGUUUGCCGCAAAGGAUUUCGCCGCCUCAAUGGAGUCUGUGUGCCGAAACACAGUUCUCUGCAUCUCAACAAAGGUAACUUGGAGACGGCUUUACUGGAAAUGCCAUAUAGGGAGCUAUAAUUCCGAAAGAUAUAAAAGGAAAUGGAAAUUGUUUUCCUAUUUAACUCGGACGCGCACAUGAUCAAAAUAACUUUUGGCAUAAAAAACUUGCACUUAUAUGGUGCUAGGGACGAUGAUUUGCUUAUGCCAAGCAUAUUAUUGAAAUAAAUAUAUGAGUUUUUGUUAAACUAAAUAUAACAGUUUUGAAGUAACAAAUUUAAAUAUUUUAAAUAAAAUUGCUUGUACAGCAUUCAUUCUAUUUUCAAUACAA